AUGGACUCUUCGGAUCUCACCUCUGGCCCGUCGGAGAUUGGUUCCCUGACAGCGCACUCGAACGAAGAGAGCCAGUUCGUUGGCAGUUCCAGCGGCGUCUUUUUCAUCAAUACCGUUCGACGUGCAUUCUCCAAGGACUUCGAUUCCUCUAAAAUAAGUUUGCCUCUGCCGGAAGACACGCUUGUGGGCAGCGACGAGUCGCAUGCUGAUCAGUCCCCGGCGACCGCCCGCUCUCAGUCCGUGUCUGGGCCGUCUGCCUCUCUUUCUAAGUGGCAGUAUGAUUUGGAAAUCGCUCAUGAGCUCGGCAAGGCCCCGCCGCUGGACUUGGCGAGGGAGCUUAUGAUGGUCUACUUCAAAGUGUGGCAUCCCCUGUUCCCGUUUCUACAUGGCCCCAGCUUCCUGCGGGCGAUGGAGUUGCUUUACUCAGACUCGCACGAGACUGAAGGGGAGAAUCAUGGGAAUAUCCCGUCUACAUCUCCCGACCACAGGAACGCGUGCUGGACGACAAUCUUUCAGUGCGUGUUCAAUCUCGCAAGCCACCUUCGACCCGAUCUGACCCUUCCGCCGGAAUCCCGAAUCAAGUCCCCGGGGAGCAUGCAUUCCUUGCUCGCGAUCCUAACGCGGAGGCAGGAUCUCCCCUCUCUGCAGGCUCUUCUCGCGGCACAGUUGUAUCUGGUAGCCAAGAUGUCUCUUCGGACGGCGUCAACGGUAGGCGGCUGUAUUCUGCGGUCUAUGCUGCACGCGGGUCUCCAUCGGUGCCCGUUUCGCUACAAAGAGCUUUCGAGUCACGACCGGCAGUUGCGCAAAAGGAUUUUCUGGUGCGCGUAUGCUAUCGACCGCUACCUGAGCCAGGCUCUGGGCUUGCCUCUAGGUAUACAGGAUUCGGACGUUGACGUCUGCGCUCCAGGAGCCCAUGAGGUGCAUUCGCCCGGUUUGCACAAGGUCCGGGACACGAGUGAGGGCUCUACGCCGCGUUUUGCUACAGGCAGUCCCGGAAAGGGCACACUGGCUCCAUCCACAGCUGCACAGAUUGAGCUCACCAACCCCCAACAUCCGCCACAACACCGAAACUCCAGCGGCAUCAUAGACUCCAGUGAACACGAACAACAUCAGAGAGAAAUAGCGUUCAUGAGCUACGUCGAAUCCGGAAAACUGACCGGCCGCGCGCUAGAGCUCUUCCACAAGUCCAUCCUCGUCCGCUCCGUUCGCCGCAGCUCCGUCCUCAUCCUCGUCACAGACGUGCACAAAUGGUGGAACAGCCUUCCCCCAGCCCUCCAAGGCAGCCCCGCCAGCAUCAACGACUCCACAUCCCCACGAUCACAGAAUGACGAACCCUUCCACUUCGGCCCCUUCUUCACAGUCCUCUACCACCACCUCAUCCUCCUCAUCAACCGUCCCUCUCUCUCCCUUCCCCCCUCAACGCCCGAGUUCAACUCCGGCCUGCAAACCUGCAUCGGCGCCGCAAGAGGCAUCCUCUCCGCACUCCGCGCCCAGAUCGACGCAAACCAGGCCCUCUUCUGGCCGGGCUUCCUCUCCGCAGCCUGGAUGGCAGGCCUAGUCCUCGCCUUCGCCUGCCAGCUUGAACAGUACGUCUGGUCUAAGGGGUCUCUCGAAAUAAACGACUGCCUCACCUUCCUCCGAAUCAUGUCCGCGCACUGGGAGACAGCAAAACACUGCCAUCGAGCAUUGAGCCUCCUCGCCGAGAACAUCCGGCAGUCCUUUACCUCUUCACAGCAGCCUCGUAGCUCAACGUCCACGUUGACCUCGACUCCGAACCCGAACAUCAAUCACUCCUCACACGAGGAACACGCAAUCGCAAACCCAACCAAGAGACGAAAACUUUCCUCCCAUGAUUCCUCGGUUCCUCUUGCGAGUGCCACUGUUAGUGCGGAGUCGAUAGGCGGAGGAGAUCUAGGUCCCCUGAAUGCACCCGAGUCGGGAGAUGUGCCACUGCAGAAUGAGCUCAAUACGAUCAUUCCGACUACCGACACGGAUUAUCUCGGCCUACCUGAUUUUGACCUGAACACGGUGGAUUUGCUUCAGGGAGCGAACUUUGACUAUCUACUUGAUAUGUUCGGGCAGCAGUAUCCAAGUUUUUGA